AUGAGGAUCUCUGCAUGCCGGCUAGUGCGCCCAAUUUUUGCCAGCCGCCCCAACCCGGUGCAACUCACUCGCCGAAAGCAGAAUCAGACCAAGGAAUGCUUUGCAGCUUUCAGGUCUUGCUUUCCUGGUGGCAUCCAAGAGGAAGCCCUGACUGUCGUACCCGUGUGCUGGGCCUUUCAGGAGGAGGUCAAGAAGGUGUUUCGAUUGGAUGCACACAUGACCCAGGCGGCUGCACAGCUUGGAAUGCAGAUCCUUUCAAGCGAAGAUGACCUUCGUCGACUGCGGCACCCUUGCUACGACACUGCGCACGUGACUACUUUCGAGUCGCACGACAUUUUGCGUCGUCAGGCCAUCUAUCCAGCGUCAAACCUGUUCGGCGACCAUGCUGGUGGCGCUGCAGCCGGCUUGGUGCCGUUCUGGAUUCCCCGGUGGACAGCUCCAGUCUCUCACACCUUCGAUGUGUGCAACCGCACUGACUUGUUAAAGUGGUAUGACUCCUUUGAGAGGCCGCGGCUCCCCAGCCAGUUGCCAGCCGAGUGGCAGCGCUGGGUCGUGAACCUGGGUGCCGGGGAUGGCUCUUGUGGCCAGGAUGUCGUUCGACAGGAUAAUCUCGCACGGGGACUCUUCGGCAUGUCGGACCCGACGAACUGCUUGCUUCGAGAAGGAUUUGGAGGCUUGGUGUUCGAGGGUGACAACAGGCGCCUCCACGACCUCCAAAGCCUCGUGGACAAUCGCACAGAUGUGGAACUUCAUUUUGGUUUCGUGGAUCCUGGUAUUGCAACGCAGCGCAUCCUGGAGUAUCAAGCACACUAUGGCCCAUCAUCUCCACAGUGGCUCAAGGUUGACGUGGACAACUGCGACUGCUGCUUUGUGGAAGAUGUUCUGAAAGCUGGAAUCCGACCUCUUCUCAUUCAUGUGGAAGUGCACCCGCUGGUUCCUCCGCCCUUUGUGUACAGGCCGGUCUUUUUCGAUCCCAGCAUUGGGGACUCGAUGCUCUCGUUGAGUGUCUUGGAGGGGCGUCCUGGACACAUGCUUCACUGUUCACUUUCUGCCUUCGAAGAGUUACUUGAUGAUUAUGGGUAUCAUCUC